AUCAAUCGGCUUAAUUCUUCCUCCUCCGCCGUCCCCUCUUCAUCGAUCUACACACUCACUCGAUCUGCAGUACAAUGGCCAACAGGUCAUCGUCGGGGGGUGGUUCAGGGUGGGCGAGCCCCGACCGGACGGUGGUGUGGACGGAGCCCAAGAAGAAGAAGGUGGCGUCCGUGGCCGUGGUGUAUUACCUGUGCCGGCAAGACGGGCAGCUGGAGCACCCCCAUUUCGUCCACGUCCCCUGCCUCUCCGACCCGCCGCGCCUCUACCUCCGGGACGUCCUCGCCCGCCUCUCCGACCUCCGCGGCGCCGCCAUGCCGGCCUCCUACUCCUGGUCCGCCAAGACGACAUACAGGAACGCGGGCUACGUCUGGCACGACCUCACCGCCGACGACCUCAUCCUGCCCGCGCAAGGCAACCACGAGUACGUCCUCAAGGGCUCCCCGCUGCUGCUCCUCCGCCCCACCGCCACCGACCACCUCCAGCUGCCUGCAGCCUCCACGAAGAGGAGCCAUCAUAACAGGUGGACGUCCUUCGACCUCGCCGACUACAACCGCAGCGGCGCCCCGGCGGCGGAGCUGAUUGGCAUUGACGAGAUAUCGCCCCCGCCGUGUUCCAGCAGCCCCGACAGCAGCCGCCAGCUGCAGCAGGACGGCACACCGCAAUCAGCAGCAGCAGCAGCAGGGCUUAGCCGGAUGCGGGCGUCGGCGAUGCUGAUGCAGCUCAUCUCGUGCGGCUCCAUCAAGAACGCCGUCCCGCCGCGGCGGAAAGGGUCGUCGUCG